UUUGAACAAUUAGAUCUGAAUUCCCCACGACGCUUACCUUCAUUUUGAUUGAUUUUGUAGAAUGUGUUGAUAGAAGCGCUGUACGAAUACUGAUGCCGAUAACAUCAGCCGUCGCAUCUUUUAUAACGCCAUCUACCGGAAGUGUAAAACGAAAGGAAAACUCCUGCGCCAAGGUCUUUUGACCGGAAAAUGUGUCGCUUGGAGUUUGUUAUAAAAGCAGACGAUAUUUGGGUCAUACGAUCACAGUUCACUUGCAACGUUUUCGCGAUCAGAUCCAAUCGAUCGAAGAAGCACUCAACUGUAAACAUGAAGGGAUUCAUCGCGAUCGCCGUCCUGGCUUUGGCCGCUGUCUCCAAUGGAUCUUAUUUGCCAGCUGUGCAGUCGGUUCUUCCGUACUCCUACAACUCUGGACUCAACGGUCUGGGUCUAAACGGGUAUGAUGGUCUGGGUCACUACUCUGGACUGGCUGGACUGGGAUACUCCUCCGUGUUGGAUCACGGACUGUCCUACCCGUACUCGGCCGCCCUUCCAUACUCUGUCUACAACAACGGUCUCUAUGGAGGAUACUACGGUGCCAAGUACGCUCCCACUACGGUCCAGGCCAACGUCAACACGCUGAAGACUGUUAAUCCGCUGGGUCUGUAUGGAGGAUACUACGGUGCCAAGUACGCUCCCACUGUGGUCCAGGCUAACGUCAACACACUCAAGACUGUUAGUCCGCUGGGUCUGUAUGGAGGAUACGGAGUGGAACACGGAUAUGGUUUGGGUCACGGAUAUGGCUACGGAUACAAGAACUACCUCCCAGUACAGGCCCAUGCUGCGAAGUACGUUGCCGCCAACCCGGGAGCCGUACAUGUGGCUCCUCUGCCAGGACAUCUAGUCAACCAGAAGUCGAUUGUUGCCUAA